UGACAAACAAUCAUUUACACAGGCUUGAAAAUUUGCCUUGGAUACUCUGAGCAGUUCUGCAUUUCAAAAUGCAGGCUCACUUACUAUCUCAGCAUUUUAACACCAAGUUGCUGGACAACUCCACAGCUUGUCCAGCUGUGGACAACUCCACAGCUUGUCCAGAAAAUGCUACUAUUUGCAAGGGUACAUCUUGUGUGUUACCAGAAGAUAAUUUUAACCAGACUUUGAGUGUAAUUUUAAGUACUGUUCUAACAAUCAUGCUGGCUUUGGUGAUGUUCUCCAUGGGUUGCAAUGUGGAAAUUAAAAAAUUUUUGCACCACAUAAAAAAACCCUGGGGUAUUUUUGUGGGUUUCCUCUGUCAGUUUGGAAUUAUGCCUCUCACAGCCUUCUUGCUAUCACUGGCCUUUAAUGUGCUUCCUAUUCAAGCCGUUGUGGUGAUGAUCAUGGGAUGCUGUCCAGGAGGCACAGCCUCUAAUAUCAUCGCCUACUGGGUGGAUGGUGACAUGGACCUAAGUAUCAGCAUGACAACAUGCUCCACACUUCUUGCAAUGGGGAUGAUGCCACUCUGUCUUUUUGUUUAUACUAAGAUGUGGACCGAUUCUGAUGCAAUUGUACUCCCCUAUGACAGCAUUGGAAUUUCACUGGUAGCUCUUGUAGUUCCUGUUUCGGUUGGAGUAUUUGUUAAUCACAAGUGGCCCAGUAAAGCAAAAAUAAUACUUAAGGUUGGUUCCAUAGCAGGAGCAGUUCUCAUUGUCAUUAUUGCUGUGGUUGGAGGAAUACUCUACAAAGGCUCGUGGGUUAUCACACCUAAGCUAUGGAUCAUUGGUACCAUAUUUCCAGCAGCUGGCUAUUCUUUGGGAUUUUUUCUGGCUCGUCUUGCUGGUCUGUCUUGGAGCAGAUGUCGUACGGUGUCUCUGGAAACAGGCAUGCAAAACACUCAGCUCUGUUCAACAAUUGUACAGCUCUCCUUCAGCCCUGAACAACUUGAACUGAUGUUUACUUUCCCACUCAUCUACAGCAUUUUCCAGCUGUUGUUUGCACUAAUGAUUUUAGCAGGUAAAGUACAGAUAUUUUCUGUUAGAACUUUAUUAUUAUUGCUAUCAUUGCCAGCCUCAUUUUCUGUCAACAUGGAGAAAACAGGAACAUACAGUUGAGAGAGAAAAAUAAUCAAAUGGAAAACAGUUAACUUAAUAAUGACUCAAAUUAUCAUUGUUCAUCACCACUGUGCUAUGUCCUGUAUGUAACUGGGACAAUAUAAGGAUCAGUUUAAGAUUUGUAAGGCCCUUUACUUUUCAGAACAAGGGAAGCAAUCUCUGUCACCUACAACUGACUACAGAAGUAUACCUUGGGCAGAGAUUUGUUAUUACCCUUUCCUGAAGAAAGGCAAAUGUGUCUUCUCUAGAGCCAUCUACCACUCCAAAGUACCUGAGCUUACAGUUUCACACCAGGACCAUCCUGAAAGGCAUGCAUCUUGACAUACAUCAAGAGAAAGAUUAGCUUCACAGCUAAUAUGAGAAAGGAAAUCUUCUGUUAUAAGGUCUCUUUUUACUUCUACAUACACCUCAUAUGCACUGCACUACAAGUACACACCUAACCUACUGAGGAUUGAGACUUUAUCCUUUUUGUUCACCCCCAAAACUAGCUGGGACUUUUUUGCUCCCAGUCACAAAUGAGCCAUCUUACCAGGCAUCUGGAGCACUGUCCCAGGGACACAACCUGGGAGCUGUAUCCCAAGUUCUUCCCGAGGUGGCAAUUGCAUGAGAAUGGAAGAACAGUUUUUCCUCACUUUGGCUUGCUUUCUGCCAAACAGGAUUUGUGUAGAAGACUGAGUCCCACAGAUCCAGCCAAUUGCCCAAAGGCUUUCCAAUAAAGAUAG